AUGUCUGAGACUUCGGAAGUUAUUCCACUCAUCGCUAUCUACUUAAUGGCAAUUAUGGGCAUUUCGGCUCUGUCGGUGAGCUUCUCGGUGUUCGUUUUGAAUCUUCGUCAUGGAGCAGACUACUCGGAUAGAAUUCCACGAUGGUUAGAAAUCGUCGGCUUCUCCAUACUGGCUCCAGUGUUCGGCGGUUCAACUUCAAGAGCUAGAUCGAAGAGCAUUGGUGCUCAGAGCAAAGGCUCGUUGCGAAUGGACUCAAACUGCGACGAUCUCGUCAGUAAGGAUCUGAUUGACCGAGUUGGAGCUGAACAAGAGUUCGAGAGGCUUGUGGCCCGUUGGUCCCAGCUGGCCAACAUUUUCGAUCGCCUUUUCUUCACUGUUGUCCUCGCGCUCAACGGCGGCUCCACGAUGUUUCUCUUGAUCGUUGCUCCCAGCAUUGGCACCCCCAACCUCCAUGAUAGGAUAUGGGAGUUG